CUAUACCGUAACGCAAGACAAAAUUAUAACCCAGGGUACUUCAUGCCUUCCUAGGCCUCAAGACCCAGACUUCACCCCGGACAUAGGCAUAGGGCUGCUAUCAUGACAAGCUCCUAACCAUGACAAUAUGCUGAACACCCUUAACUGUUGCGCAGACGUUGGUAGCUUUGAAGGGUGCGCAGCAGCAGUAUGAGAGACCGUUACAAUGGUUCCCUAAAAGGGAACACGGGUGAUGAACCCAAGAGCAUGAGCAAGAGCAUGAUGUGAUACGUGAUUAAUACAACGAUACUGGGCGUCGCAGCCUACUGUCUGCCUAGCGGAACUCAGCGUUAUCGUCCGGCCACUGUAACAAAGUAUGGAACGGCAUGAGGUGCUUGGCUGUAAGGGGCCAUUCACAUUGAGGCUGAAAUAGAGUUCACCAGCUUCCUGGGGGAUGUGUCCACGUGGCAGGGCAUCGUGACGGGUCUGCUGAUGGUUCUCUCCCCCACCAUGUUCGAGCGCAUGGGCUGGUCGGGUGUGGCGGCGGCAACCCCCCAGAUCCUGCUGUACGGCGGCGGGUUCUUCUUCGCAAGCGCCAUCGCAUACCAGUUCUUGCUGACUCCGGGCGCCUCCACCGCCGCCGUCGCCACCGCCGCCAGCACUGCCGUACUGCAGAUCCUGGUGUACGGCGGCGCGUUGCUGUACGUCUUCUCCAAGAGCGCCAAGUUCUCGCUGUUCAAGCCGGCUGAGGAGAUGGUGUACAUCUCGCUGGACGAGGAGGGGCGCACCAAGGGCAAGGCGGCGAUCGAUGUGGUGGGCAGUCAGGCGGGAAAGAGCGGAGGCAGCGUGCUGCAACAGGUGUUACUGCUGCUCUGCGGCGGCGCCAUCGCCGGCCAGCUGCCCGCCAUGGUCGCCGUCUACAUGGUGAUCAGCCACGCCUGGCUCCGCGCCGGGGCC